AUGGUCGCUGGUGUAGAAGAAGUCGCCAAGCUCAUUUCCCGCUAUACGCACGUCGAGUUCAUAUGUCAAAAACGGCAGGAGGUCACUCUCGACAAUGAGUUCGAAGAGCGAUUGCUCAAUUUGUAUGGGCAAUUCUAUGGCGUGGAACACAAGGAUCCUGUGCGCAGUGGUCGCAGGGAAACACACAAGCACCGGGAAGAGGACAACAUGCUGGUCUCAGUUGCACGGGGGAGAAGCAUUCAAGGAUAUGGUUUGCUGUGA